AAAAAAAAAAAAAACGAGUUAUAGCGCAGCCUCUCAUCUUCUCCAAUCUUUGUGGUUCACAGGGAACCAAUGGAUACCUUGUCGAAUCCCGUCUCCUCCUUCACAGUCCCCACCGCUUCCAGAAGAAAGUCCGUCGAUGCCUAUCGCCAUUUCCACCUCCUCCCACCCCGACGAAAUUCCUUCUCCUAUUUCAAGUCCACCACCGCCACCAACUCGGAAUUCUUCACCGCCACCGCCACAGUUCCCUCCAAUCGGAUCCCGCCAGCCAAGCCACAUCCCCAGCCCCCGGCAGCGGCGGUCCACCGGAGAGCUGCCAGCGGGUACGCGGCGGCGCUGGUGGACAUAGCGAAACGCAAUAACUCGCUGGACGCGGUGCGGAGGGACGUGAGGAGGGUGUGGAAGUGGACGAGAAACGAGCAGCUCAGGGCCGCCCUGACGGACCCUCUGGUAGAAAACAAGGAGAAAGGAGAAAUCCUCAAGGAGAUUGCGGAAAAGGGGAAAGUCCACAAGCUGUUGGGAGCUGUGUUGAAGAUUCUGGCCGGGAAAAACCGAGCAGAAUUGUUGAGCGAAGUAUUGAUGGAGUUUGAGAGGAUAUACGACGAGCUCUGCGGGACUGCCCGGGUGGUGUUGCUUUCGCCGGCGAACAAAGAGACGGCGGCGUUGGAGGUUGCCAAGACGGUGCAUCAGAUUAGCGGCGCUUGGAAGGUCAAGGUUAGCCGCUGCUGUUUGGGUGUCGCGAUGGGUACUACUUAAUUAACGAUAUGAUAUGAUGCUCCUUAAUUAAUCCUUAUCUUUUCGUAACCCUUACCAUUCUUGUCGUCUUCUUUGUUUUCCAAACAUGAAUAAUCUGGUCUGAAGGUUGCUUGUGUAUCGAUCUGUAGUUGGGUAGCAGUGGGUAGAUGCUCAGAAUUAAUUAAUAAUAAUAAUGGGAAAUCUCAAACAGAACAACUACUGCUAAGUAAAGAACAAGAAAGGCAGUGUUCAAUAAUUAAUAUUUAUGGGUAGUGCUGUUAACUAAUUGAACAUGAAUGAAGGGGAGUUGAUCA